CAAAGCAGCCGCUGUCCCGAGCGCGCUGCGCCUGGAGGAGGAAGAGUUAAGCGCCUUUUUGUGUGUGUGUGUGUGUGAGAGUGUGAGCGUGCGAGCGCGUGUGUCUUGGUGCGGUUUUUAUUCCUCCCCUGCCGCCCCGCGCUUCCGAGAGACUCGCCGCGAGCGGCGGAGAAACGGGAUUGCAACAGCGAAGCCAGGAGCUCCCGAGCAGAGCGGGGCGCGCCUCUCGCCCGCACGGAGCCUCACCCGACUUUGCCCCGGUUUUGGAGGGAACCGCGCCGUCCGGAGAGCAGAACUCAGCAUCAAUACAGAGACACUGAGGUACUGAUUUCAUUCGGAAGAGCCUUCUGGACAUAUCCUGGUUUCUGAGACUGACUGACCAUUUAUGGUUAGGGGUUGACCUCCAGUGUUACUGAUCACCUUCGGUGUUUGGACUACCCAUUCCUUCAAAUUAUUCCUAGCCAUUCUGGAGAAGAAUGGUUCUUUCUCCUGUGGAGCCCCCAAUGCUUGGUCAUCACGGCAGUCUUUGCCUGUUUCCUUGGGGCAUCCUGGCCUCUCCCGGCAGUCAGAACUUCCUCCCAACGUCCUCGGUCCUCAUUGUGGAUGUGGAGUUGCAAAGGUGGAGGAAAUAAGCCCUUCGAUUUGCUUCAGGUGAAUCUUUCCCAGUUUCGGGGACCCAAUGCAGAAGCCUGCCAUGCUGAGGCACCAACUCGCUGCAGGGACAAUCGCCAUGUCUGUCUCCUGAGAUGCCAGGCCCUGGGGCAAAAUGGAAGCAGCCAACACCAAAUCAUUCUUCUGGGAGACCUUCCCACCCAUGCCUACCUGUCGGGUUUACUGCAGCCCAACCUAUCAGGAUGGACACCUCUUCGUGGUGGGGGGCUGCAGCCAGCAAGGCCAGCCAUUGGACACCCUGGAAAUGUUGGACGUGGUUUCCCACAAAUGGAUGGCGUUACCUUCUAUGGCCACCCCAAGGGCUGGGGCAGCAGCCGUGAUGCUUGGCAAGGAAGUGUUGGUGAUUGGUGGGGUUGACUCCAGACAGAGACCCCUGGCCUCCGUCGAAGUCUAUCACACGGAUGAAGGCAGGUGGGAGAAAAAAGAAGACCUGGCUCAGCCUUCAAUGGGCAUCUCAGCCCUUGAGAAAGAUGGAGUGGUUUAUGCUUUAGGUGGAAUGGGCGCAGACACGUCCCCACAAGCUCUCCUGCGAAUGUAUGAACCAGCUAAGGAUCAUUGGCAGCCUUUGCCAUCCAUGCCCACACCUUGCUACGGGGCUUCUACUUUCUUGCACGGGAACAAGAUCUACGUGAUGGGAGGAAGACAAGGCAAGCUGCCCGUCACAGCCUUUGAAGCGUUUGAUCUGGAAGUGAGAAGCUGGACACGCUACCCCAGCGUGCCCAGUCGGCGUGCCUUUGCCAGCUGUGCCAUGGCUGAGGGUUGCUUCUUCAGCUUGGGAGGACUUCAGCAGCCCGGCCCCCAUAACUUCUACUCCCGGCCCCACUUUGUCAACACCGUGGAGAUGUUUGACUUAGAGGAAGGAUCUUGGAGUCGGCUAAGCCGAGCCAUCCGCAUGAGAGACAAAAGGGCUAACUUCGUAGCUGGGCACCUUGGUGGACGUGUGAUUGUAGCUGGUGGCCUUGGGAAUCAGUCAAGUGCUCUGGAAUCUACAGAAGGAUUUAAUCUGGCUAAGAAGAAAUGGGAACUAUUGCCCACCAUGCCUACCGGGCGCUGCUCUUGUGCUACUUUGGAGGCACCCAACCUGCUGUUUGUGAUUGGAGGGGUGGCUCAAGGCCCCAGCAGUGCAGUGGAGGCCCUGAGCUUACAGGAAGAGGUCUGAUUGAACCUUUCUUAUGAAAAGGUCUCUGCCCCACCCCUUACAGCGUGCACCAAGAGGACUCAAAAGUGCCUGUUGAUGACAGCAUUAAGCAUACGAGGAAGGAGCGGCGAGAAGAGCUUUAUGGCCAGCGUGGAGGCCUGCUGCUGCAAUGAUUUUUCCUUUGGCCAUUCUGCAAAUAACUCAUUUCAUCUCUGCAAAGCAUCAAGUAGCUCAGAGACCAGAGCCGUCUGUUCUGUAGGCGAGGCAAAGGGUCAAGCAGUUUAGCGGCUCUGACUGCCAGGGAACAAAGUAAGCUGGUUCUUUUGAUGGGGCAGCUGCGAUUUCUUCGGGUAGCUUUCCAAAGGAACAGGAUUGGGAAUUUAGGUUGGCCUGGGUGAACUUUGAAGCGGCUGCGUGAUUGCCUCUUCAUAAGCAAAACUCUCCAAUUCUACUCUCUUCCUUUCGGUUAUUCACUUAUAUUCCACUGCAAUAGAAUAUAAAGCCAAUACACCACAAUAAUACUGUCAUUUUUUUAAAUUUUAUUUUAUUUUUGGCUUUGUUGAAGCUCUCUAGCUUGAAGAUCUUCCCUCCCCUUUCUAUGUGGCUCAGCUACUCUGCAGCUUGUCAUUGCCGCAUUAGUAAGACUCAGAUAUAGCAUCCCACUAUUAAUUGUCCAAGGAAAAAAGGAUAAGAGACGACUUGAGUUUGGGAUGCAAUUAAGUCAUCACAAAGCUCGGGACACAGCUUCACCCGCCUUCUCGUCAAGCCUGUUUGGCAGCAUAGAUUGUUUCUUAUUUAUGAAAAGGCAGCCGCGUUCCUUCAGCUGGGUCUGGGGAAGAGUAACCGGAAGUGCUGUCCCCGUGGAGCAGGUACUCCAGUAUGUCUGCUUCAAGUUGUGAUUGCUAUCCUUGUGCUGAUGCCUCUCCUGCUGCCUAGCUGAGUUGACUGUAGGACUCUGGGGGGCAGCCAUUGCACCCCACGUGGUAUGUUCCUAACUCUCUCUGUGUCUCAUGUAGCACAUAAGGUGCCCUCUAGUUCAGUGCCUAGGAGGUGGUAUAG